CCUACCUAUCACAUCCUAACCCAUCAGAGAGAGCCUCGUAAUUGCAUCUACGCCUAGCCCUCAACCUUUGUUUUCCACCGCACUCGCAUCUCUCCAAACACCAAAGAGCACGUGCUCCAGUUGAUUUCCAUCUCGACAUCACCUCAUCUCUUGCAUAAUGGCCGACACCGCCAACGGAGCUUCCACCAUGGACUCCCUCAAGGCUAAUGCCCAGAGCGCCUAUGACUCUGUCACUAGUGGCCCCGUCGCCCAGUCUGUCCAGGACCAGCACCUGAAGACCAGCAACGAGUUCUCCAACCUCGCAGCCUCUCGCCAGACUCCGGCCAACCCGACUGCCACUGGCCAGCCCCUGACGCACUAUCACUCCUUCUUCUCCGAGCUUCUGUCGUGGAAUAACCCUCGGGCCUCCGCGAUUGCCUACCUCUCUACCGUCUCGCUCAUCUUCGCGGUUAGAUACCUGGAUGUGCUCCGAUGGGGCUUCAGGCUCACCUGGAUGGUUCUGGGCAUCACCAUCGCUGCCGAGGUUGCCGGCAAGCUGGUUAUGAAUACCGGUCUUGCCAGCCAGCUUCGCCCUCGCAAGUACUAUACCGUCCCUCGUGAGGCCCUCGACUCUCUUAUUGGCGACGUCCAUGAGCUGGUCAACUUCGUUGUCAUCGAGUCCCAGCGCAUUCUCUUUGCCGAGAACAUUGGCGCCUCCACCACGGUCUGCAUCAGUGCCUUCCUCUCGUACUGGCUCGUCAAGAUUGUUCCGUACUGGGGCCUCGCUCUCCUCGCCACCACCCUCCUCUUCACCGUGCCUCUGAUCUACACCACUAACCAGGAGCUCAUCGACCACCACCUUGCGAAUGCACAGAACAUCGUCAAUGCACAGACUCAGCAGUUUAAGCAGGUUGCCGGUACGCACACGGCACACGCCACUGAGGUCACCAAGCAGUUCAUGGGAGAGUAUACCUCCAAGGCCCAGCAGAUGCUGCGUGGCGGUCAUGCCUCUCCCAAACCCCAGGCUCAGGCUGUCAAGGAGUCCGACUUCCCUGCGGCCCCUCAGGAGGCCUUCAAGGCCGCCGACGAGCCUGCGGCGCCUGUGCCAGAGGUCAAGCAGGAGGAGCCCCUGAUCUCCACCUAAUUGUCCACGGACAGACAAAGUAACGAUGCGGUCGUCUAUGCUCAACCGGUCCUGUUAGUAGACUUGGGACGCCAGCACAACAGGACCCGAGAGCCACGACCAGAGAAUGAAUCUGAAGGACUGUAUUCUCUGGAUCCUACAUCGGAGGCUCGUCUCACAUGAAAAUUGGGGGUGAUAGGGGGGGGGGGGCGCAGUUAGUUACGUGAUGGUGCGGGGGAGGUCGAGGGUUUGCAGAGAGGCGAGCUGGCUCACAUCACAGGCUGAGGAUAUCAAGGGGGAGAGGCAUAGGUACGAAGAGAUACGAACGAGGCUGUUUUUGUUUUUCGGAAAUCCACACGGCAUGCAAGAGCGCACUGCGUUGUCUUACUGGUCCUUUCCUUUUUUUUUUCCUUUUUAUCUUUCCCUUUACCUGCAAGAGACUGUUGAUGUUUGACGAUGGACGAAUGGCAGUCACGUUCUUCUUCCUGCGUUCUUUUUGUCUUGUACGGGAGUAACGGACGUGAGUUGGCGGACUUUCUCAUAAUUCAAGGCGUUGCAUCAU